CUCUUAGACCAAGUUCAUCCUGUGUCCAGGUCAAAACCAGCUCCUGCUAUUUUGAUUUCUACCGCUCCAGAGUUCUAACUGGCAGAACCAUUGUCACAAGUAAUUAUGAGUAUAUAAAGUAAGCAACCAGAUGUUCCCUCUGAAUCCUUUGGAUGAAAAAAGUGGGGCCAGGAUUUUCCUGUUUUGUUAUUGUGCUUCAGGGCGGAACCACAUCCCAGAACAUAGCUGCCUCUGCGCAUGAUCCCAGAGGGACCAUAAAGAAAGUCUGCUUCAAAGUAAGGAACAGUCCUCAAGCACCUAUAGCAGCACAGUAAAACCAGAUAUUGAGUCUUCUGUGUACACUGGAGAACAUGGUCAAACGAGUGGCAAUCGUGGGAGCUGGGGUCAGUGGCCUGGCCUCCAUCAAGUGCUGUCUGGAGGAGGGACUGCAGCCCACCUGCUUUGAGAGGAGCGACGACCUUGGGGGGCUGUGGAGAUUCACCGAACAUGUUGAAGAAGGAAGAGCCAGUCUCUACAAGUCUGUGGUAUCCAACAGCAGCAAAGAGAUGUCUUGUUACUCAGAUUUUCCAUUCCCAGAAGAUUAUCCAAACUUUGUACCCAAUGAUCUAUUUCUAGAAUAUCUUAAACUGUAUGCAAAGCAGUUCAACCUUCUAAAAUACAUUCAAUUCAAGACCAAAAUCUGCAGUGUAACAAAGUGCCCAGAUUUUGAUGUCUCUGGCCAAUGGGAAGUAGUCACUGUGCAUGAAGGGAAGCAAAACUCAGCCAUCUUUGAUGCUGUCAUGGUUUGCACUGGUUUUCUCACUAACCCUAAUUUGCCAAUAAGUUCCUUUCCAGGUAUAAAUACCUUUAAAGGCCAGUACUUUCACAGCCGAGAGUAUAAACAUCCAGACGUAUUUAAGGACAAGAGGGUGCUUGUGGUUGGAAUGGGAAAUUCUGGCACAGACAUUGCUGUGGAGGCCAGCCACCUGGCAAAAAAGGUGCCAUUCUUGGUGUUCCUCAGCACCACUGGAGGAUCGUGGGUGAUCAGUCGAGUCUUUGACUCAGGGUACCCAUGGGACAUGGUGUUCAUGACACGAUUUCAAAAUGCAUUCAGAAAUUUUCUCCCAACUCCAAUUGUGACUUGGUUGAUAGCAAAAAAGAUGAACAGCUGGUUCAAUCAUGCAAAUUAUGGUUUAAUACCAGAAAACAAGACUCAGCUGAGAGAGCCUGUGCUAAAUGAUGAGCUCCCGGGCCGUAUCAUCACCGGAAAAGUGCUGAUCAAGCCAAGCAUAAAGGAAGUGAAGGCAAAUUCUGUCAUAUUUAACAACACCCUAAAAGAAGAACCCAUUGAUAUCAUUGUUUUUGCCACUGGAUACACCUUUGCAUUCCCCUUCCUUGAUGAAUCGGUGGUGAAAGUUGAAGAUGGCCAGGCAUCAUUGUACAAGUAUAUCUUUCCCGCUCAUCUGCAAAAACCAACCCUGGCUGUUAUUGGCCUCAUCAAACCCCUGGGCUCCAUGAUACCCACAGGAGAAACACAAGCUCGAUGGGUUGUUCAAGUCCUGAAAGGUGUUAGUAUGUUACCACCGCCAAGUGUCAUGAUAAAAGAAGUCAAUGAAAGGAACAAAAAUAAGCACAGUGGGUAUGGCUUAGACUACUGCAAGCCUUUACAGUCAGAUUAUAUCCCAUACAUAGAUGAACUUCUGACCUCUAUCAAUGCAAAACCCAAUCUGCUCUCUAUGCUGCUAACUGACCCACGUCUGGUUUUGACCAUCUUCUUUGGCCCAUGCACGCCAUACCAGUUUCGCUUGACUGGCACAGGAAAAUGGGAAGGAGCCAGAGAGGCCAUAAUGACACAGUGGGACAGAACAUUCAAGGCCACCAAAACCCGAACUGUACAAGAAUCCCCAUCUCUCUUUGAAAAUUUGCUUAAACUUUUUAGCUUUCUGGUUUUGCUUGUGGCUGUUUUCCUGAUUUUCUUAUAAGUAAAUGAUCUCCUAUAUGCCUUUGCAAAUGUACAGAGUAUUUACAGUGUUCUGACUCGUCUGUUAUAGCAACAUUGCCUUCAAGUCAUAAACCGUGUCCAGAUAAUAAAUACCACCCCCUCCCCAGUUAAUCCCAGAGAAAUGUCUGGUAUUCCUGAGCCUCUCUCAGCUCCAUUAUGUCUAAUCCCAGAGGAUGAUAACUGUUUCUGCGCAUUUGAAGGCACUGGUAGAUUACACAUAUAUUUUUGUAAGACAGGUGUUCUACAUAGCACUCUGAGCAUUCACACCUCUUUCUCAUAAAAACUAUUUUAAAGAUUUCAACUAAAAACUCCUGCCUCACAAAAGACUGAUUGUGUUAAAAUGGCGCUGUUAUAGUAUUGGCUGACUAAAAGUAAGAAGGAAGAAA